CACAAACACACACACACACUCACUAACACCCCGGUAACUGCUGCUGCUGCGCGCACUGGAGACGCACCGGAGACGCACCGGAGACGCACCGGACCACAGGCUGCCACACAUUCAAAGUGAAAAGAGAGAGAGAGGGCGCGGCCAAGCAAAGCUGAGCAGACUCCACCCAGAAAAAAAAAUCCAGCGAACCAAGACUCAGCCGAGACCAUAAAAAUGAGUGGUUCCCACCCCCGGCUCCACCAGAGCGCCUCGCCCGCUCCCAACGCUCUCUCCUCGGACAAGGACGCCGAAAUGCCCGCCACGGAGAAGGACCUGGCCGAGGACGCGCCGUGGAAGAAGAUCCAGGAGAACACCUUCACCCGCUGGUGCAACGAGCAUCUGAAAUGUGUCAACAAGCGCAUCGGCAGCUUGCAGACGGACCUGGGCGACGGGCUGCGGCUCAUCGGGCUCCUGGAGGUGCUGUCCCAGAAGAAGAUGUUCCGAAAGUACAACCAGAGGCCCACCUUCCGCCAGAUGCAGCUGGAGAACGUGUCGGUGGCGCUGGAGUUCCUGGACAAGGAGAACAUCAAGCUGGUGUCCAUAGACUCUAAAGCCAUCGUGGAUGGGAACCUGAAGCUGAUUCUGGGUCUCAUCUGGACCCUGAUCCUGCACUACUCCAUCUCCAUGCCCAUGUGGGACGAGGAUGAGGAGGAAGGCGACGGCAAGCAGAAGACGCCCAAGCAGAGGCUGCUGGGAUGGAUCCAGAACAAACUGCCCGAGCUGCCCAUCACCAACUUCAACAGGGACUGGCAGACUGGCCGGGCCCUGGGUGCCCUGGUUGACAGCUGUGCUCCAGGUCUGUGUCCUGACUGGGACCAGUGGGAUCAGACCAAGCCAGUGGACAACGCCCGCGAGGCCAUGCAGCAGGCUGACGACUGGCUGGGCAUCCCACAGGUGAUAACACCAGAGGAGAUCGUUGACCCCAAUGUGGACGAACACUCCGUCAUGACCUACCUGUCCCAGUUCCCCAAGGCUAAACUGAAGCCUGGAGCUCCUCUCAGACCCAAACUCAACCCCAAGAAGGCCCGCGCCUAUGGCCCAGGUAUCGAGCCCAUAGGAAAUGUUGUGAUGAAGAGAGCCGACUUCACUGUGGAGACCAUCAGUGCAGGAAUGGGCGAGGUCCUGGUUUACGUGGAGGAUCCUGCAGGACACAGAGAGGAGGCCAAAGUGACGGCCAACAAUGAUAAGAACCGCACCUACUCGGCCUUCUACAUCCCUAAAGUCACAGGCAUGCACAAGGUGACGGUGCUGUUUGCAGGGCAGCACAUCUCAAAAAGCCCCUUUGAGGUGGAGAUCGGCAUGGCUCAGGGAGACUCCAGCAAGGCCACGGCCCAGGGACCGGGCCUGGAGCCCUCAGGGAACAUCGCCAACAAGGCCACCUACUUUGACGUCUACACAGCAGGUGCUGGUGUUGGCGAGGUGGAGGUGGUGAUAAUGGAUCCUGCCGGCAAGAAGAACACAGUGACUUGCACCAUCGAGGACAAAGGCAACAGCAGCUACCGCUGCACCUACAAACCCACGCUGGAGGGACAGCACACCAUCUACGUCACAUUCGCUGGUGGUCAGAUCAGCAAGAGUCCCUUCACUGUCAGCGUUGGAGAGGCGUGUAACCCCAGCCUGUGCAGAGCCAAGGGCCGCGGCCUGCAGCCAAAGGGCCUGAGGGUGAAGGAGACUGCAGACUUUAAGGUUUACACCAAGGGAGCCGGCACCGGCGAGCUCAAGGUCACCAUCAAGGGCCCCAAGGGUCUGGAGGAGCCGUGUAAGAGGAAAGAUCUUGGAGAUGGCGUGUAUGGAUUUGACUAUUACCCCACCACACCUGGAACAUACAGCAUCACCAUCACCUGGGGAGGACAGCACAUCCCCCGCAGUCCCAUUGAGGUGAAGAUUGGCUCUGAGGCCGGUCAGCAGAAGGUGAGGGCCUGGGGUCCGGGACUGGAGGGCGGCAUCGUCGGCAAAUCCGCCGACUUUGUGGUGGAGGCAGUUGGAGACAAUGUCGGCACACUGGGUUUCUCUGUGGAAGGUCCGUCUCAGGCCAAGAUCGAGUGUGACGACAAGGGAGACGGAUCCUGUGACGUGCGCUACUGGCCCACGGAGCCCGGAGAGUACGCCGUGCACGUGCUGUGCAACAGCGAAGACAUCCAGCACUCGCCCUUCAUGGCCGAGAUCGUCAACCCGCCGGGCAAAGACUUCUACCCAGACAAGGUUAAGGCGUACGGUCCCGGCCUUCAGAGCAGUGGCCUGGCUGUAGGAAAACCCACAGAGUUCACAGUUGAUGCCAAGCAAGGAGGAAAAGCUCCUCUGAAGAUUGUGGCUCAGGAUGGUGAAGGCAAUCCUAUGGAUGUGCAGGUGAAGGAUAACGGCAACGGGACGUACACCUGCAGCUACACGCCACGGAAGCCUGUGAAACACACCGUCAUGGUGUCCUGGGGAGGAGUCAACAUCCCCGACAGCCCAUUCAGGAUGAACAUCGGAGCAGGCUGUCACCCAAACAAGGUGAAGGUGUCUGGACCUGGUGUCGCCAAAACUGGUCUCAAGGCCUUCGAGCCCACAUACUUCACUGUGGACUGUGCAGAGGCUGGUCAAGGUGACAUCAGCAUAGGAAUCAAGUGCGCCCCCGGAGUGGUGGGACCUGCGGAGGCCGACAUCGACUUUGACAUCAUUCGCAACGACAACGACACGUUCACGGUGAAAUACACUCCACCUGGUGCAGGGAGCUACACCAUCAUGGUCCUGUUCGCCGACCAGGCCAUUCCCAUGACGCCCAUCAGGAUCAAAGUGGAUCCUUCUCAUGACGCCAGCAAAGUCAAGGCAGAGGGACCAGGACUCAGCCGCAGUGGUGUCGAAUUGAACAAGCCCACUCACUUCACUGUGAGCACUAAAGGAGCAGGGAAGGCAAACCUGGACUGCAACUUCAGCAGCCCCGUCAAAGGAGAAGCCGUCAAAGACUUUGAAAUCAUCAAUAACCACGACAACACACACACCGUCAAGUACACACCUGUGCAGCAGGGACCUCUGGGAAUCGCGGUGACCUACGGUGGAGAUCACAUUCCCAAGAGCCCGUUCAACGUGGGCGUGGCUCCGACACUCGACCUGAGCAAGAUCAACAUCACAGGCCUCGGAGACAAGAUGACUGUUGGCAAAGACAAGGAAUUCACUGUCAAAUCAAAGGGAGCUGGAGGUCAGGGGAAGGUCGCCGCCAAGGUCACCGGACCUUCAGGAAAACCAGUGUCCAGCAAGGUGGAGCCAGGCCUCAGUCCAGAGACCAGUCAGGUGAAGUUCAUUCCCAGGGAGGCGGGGCCAUAUCAGGUGGAACUGACCUAUGACGGAGCUCCGGUUCCUGGGUCACCCUUCACCCCCACAGCUUACCCCGCCACAGACCCCUCCAAGGUUCUCUGCUCCGGCCCAGGCUUGGAGCGCGCCAAGGUCGGGGAGACGGGGGAGUUCAUCGUGGACUGCACCAACGCCGGCCCCGCCGAGCUGACCAUCGAGAUCAUCUCGGACAGCGGCACCGAGGCAGAGGUUCACAUCCAAGACAACGGAGACGGGACCUACACCAUCACAUACAUCCCUCUGUACCCGGGCUCGUACACGCUCACCAUCCGCUACGGUGGCCAGGAUGUGCCCAACUUCCCAACACGGCUCAACGUGGAGCCCGCGGUCGACACAAGCGGGGUCCGUGUGUUUGGACCCGGAGUGGAGGGCAAAGGUGUUUUCCGCGAGGCGACCACAGACUUCACUGUGGAUGCUCGUGCUCUCAGACAGGCCGGAGGCGAUCACGUCAAAGCUCUCAUCAGUAACCCGUCCGGCAGCCGCACCGACGCGCUGAUCACUGACCUGGGAGACGGUACUUACAACGUGGAGUACACUCCCUACGAGGAAGGCCCACACAGUGUGGAGGUUUGCUACGAUGGCUCUCCGGUGCCUAAGAGUCCGUUCCGUGUCGGCGUCACAGAAGGCUGCGAUCCGGCUCGUGUCCACGUGCACGGUCCAGGCCUGAAAGGUGGCAUCACCAACAAACCCAACAAGUUUACAGUGGAGACCCGCGGAGCAGGUACUGGGGGUCUGGGUCUGGCCAUGGAGGGUCCGUCAGAGGCCAAAAUGUCCUGCACUGACAACAAAGACGGCAGCUGCAGCGUUGAGUACAUCCCAUACGAGACCGGAACAUACAACCUCAACAUCACCUACGGAGGACAGCCCAUCACAGGAAGCCCGUUCUCUGUGCCAGUCAGUGACACUGUGGACAGCACUAAGGUGAAGUGUCAGGGUCCAGGACUGGGCAACAACGUCAGGGCCAACAUUCCCCAGGCUUUCACUGUGGACGCCUCCAAAGCUGGAGUGGCCCCGCUACAGGUCCGCGUUCAAGGCCCUAAAGGUGUGGUGGAGCCUGUGGAGGUGGUGGAUAACGGUGACCAGACUCACACGGUCAACUAUGUUCCCACCAGAGAGGGACCUUAUUCCAUUAAUGUGUUAUAUGCUGACGAGGAGAUCCCACGCAGUCCUUAUAAGGUGAAGGUGCUGCCCACUCAUGAUGCCAGUAAGGUGCGAGCCAGCGGGCCGGGCCUCAACACCACCGGGGUUCCCGCUUCUCUGCCGGUGGAGUUCACCAUCGAUGCCAAAGACGCGGGCGAGGGACUUCUGGCUGUGCAGAUCACUGACCCAGAGGGGAAACCCAAGAAGGCCAACAUCCGUGACAACCAUGACGGCACCUACCUGGUGUCGUAUGUGCCGGACAUGACGGGCAGAUACACCAUCCUCAUUAAGUACGGAGGGGACGAGAUCCCGUAUUCGCCGUACCGUAUCAGAGCGCUGCCCACCGGAGACGCCAGCAAGUGCACAGUCACAGUCUCAAUCGGCGGUCACGGUUUAGGCGCCGGCGUCGGUCCAACUAUCCAGAUUGGCGAGCAGACGGUCAUCACGGUGGACGCCAAGGCAGCCGGGAAAGGCAAGGUGACGUGCACCGUGUGCACACCCGAGGGGGCGGAGCUGGACGUGGACGUGGUCGAAAACGAGGACGGCACGUUCGACAUCUUCUACACGGCGCCACAGCCUGGCGAGUAUGUCAUCUGCGUUCGUUUCGGAGGGGAGCACAUCCCCAACAGUCCCUUCCAAGUCACGGCACUGGAAGGAGCUCCAUCAGACCAGCUCAUGCAGCAGAGCCAAAUGCCCCAGUACUACGCUCAACAGCCCUGGGCAACAGACCGGCCAAUGGGACUGAACGGUCUGGAUGUGGCUGGGCUGAGACCGUUUGACCUCGUCAUCCCGUUCACCAUCCAGAAGGGAGAGAUCACAGGUGAGGUGCGAAUGCCGUCCGGCACAGUGGCCAAACCUGACAUCGCGGACAACAAGGACGGCACCGUGACCGUCAAGUACGCUCCCACCGAGGCCGGCCUGCACGAGAUGGACAUCAAAUACGACGGAAUCCACAUCCCUGGAAGUCCGCUGCAGUUCUACGUCGACUACAUGAACAGCGGAAAUGUCAGUGCCUACGGACCAGGACUCAUCCAUGGGACCGUCAACAAGCCUGCUGUCUUCACUGUUGACACUAAAGACGCUGGAGAGGGUGGUCUGUCUCUGGCCAUCGAGGGUCCGUCCAAGGCCGACAUCAGCUGUGUGGACAACCAGGACGGGACGUGCACGGUGUCCUACCUGCCCGUCCUGCCAGGAGACUACAGCAUCCUGGUCAAAUACAACGACAAGCACAUUCCCGGCAGCCCCUUUGCUGCUAGAAUUACUGGCGACGACUCCAUGAGGCUGUCCCAUCUGAAGGUGGGCUCAGCCGCAGAUAUCCCUCUGGACAUCGGCGAGUUCGACCUCAGUCAGCUGACCGCCUCCCUCACCACGCCCUCGGGCCGCGAGGAGCCCUGCCUGCUGAAGAUCCUGCGCAACGGACACGUCGGCAUCUCGUUUGUUCCCAAGGAGAUCGGCGAGCACCUGGUGAACAUCAAGAAGAACGGUCGCCACAUUCCCAGCAGCCCCAUCUCUGUUAUGAUCAACCAGUCAGAGAUCGGUGAUGCCAGCCGCGUGCGUGUGAGUGGGCAGGGCCUGAGCGAGGCGCGGACCUUUGAGCCCGCCGAGUUCAUCAUCGACACACGUGACGCAGGCUAUGGCGGCCUGAGCCUGUCCAUUGAGGGACCCAGUAAAGUGGACAUAAACACAGAGGACCAGGAAGACGGCACCUGUAAGGUCACCUACUGUCCCACUGAGCCUGGCAGUUACAUCAUCAACAUCAAGUUCGCAGACCAACACGUGCCAGGGAGCGCGUUCACAGUGAAGGUCACCGGGGAGGGCAGGAUGAAGGAGAGCAUCACCAGGAAGAGGAGAGCAGCGUCGGUCGCCAACGUCGGCAGCCAGUGUGACCUCAGCCUCAAAAUCCCCGAGAUCAGCAUAGCCGACAUGACGGCUCAGGUGACCAGCCCGUCUGGUCAGGUUCACAAGGCGGACAUCAUGGAGGGAGAGAACAACACCUACUGCAUUCGCUUUGUCCCCACUGAGACGGGGGUGCACACUGUGUGCGUGAAAUACAACGGCGUGCACGUCCCCGGCAGCCCGUUCCAGUUCACCGUCGGCCCCCUCGGAGAAGGCGGAGCUCACAAGGUCCGCGCUGGAGGACCCGGCUUGGAGAGAGCCGAAGCUGGAGUACCAGCUGAGUUCAGUAUCUGGACGAGGGAGGCUGGAGCUGGAGGCCUCAGCAUCGCUGUGGAAGGGCCGAGCAAGGCCGAAAUCGCCUUUGAGGAUCGCAAGGACGGCUCCAGUGGCGUGUCGUACAUCGUACAGGAGCCUGGAGACUACGAGGUGUCCAUCCGCUUCAACGACGAACACAUCCCCGACAGCCCCUUCAUCGUCCCCGUGGCCUCGCCUUCGGACGACGCCCGUCGCCUCACUGUUGCCAGUCUUCAGGAGUCGGGUUUGAAGGUGAACCAGCCCGCCUCGUUCGCCGUCAGCCUCAACGGAGCCAAGGGCGUGAUCGACGCCAAGGUCCACAGCCCGUCCGGAGCCCUGGAGGAGUGCUGUGUCACGGAGAUCGACCAAGAUAAAUACGCAGUGCGGUUCAUCCCCAGAGAGAACGGCCUCUAUCUCAUCGAUGUGAAGUUCAACGGAAGCCACAUCCCCGGUAGUCCGUUUAAAAUCCGAGUCGGAGAGACGGGCCAGGCUGGAGACCCAGGCAUGGUGUCUGCCUAUGGACCAGGACUAGAGGGAGGCACCACAGGAACUGCUUGUGAUUUUGUGGUGAACACGAGCACCGCGGGCCCCGGCGCUUUAGCUGUGACCAUCGACGGGCCGUCCAAGGUGAAGAUGGACUGUGUGGAGUGUCCCGAGGGCUACAGGGUCACGUACACCCCGAUGGCCCCAGGCAACUAUCUCAUCUCCAUCAAAUACGGUGGCCCCUACCACAUCGUCGGAAGCCCCUUCAAGGCCAAGAUCACUGGUGCCAAGCUUGUGUCCAGCCACAGUAUGCAUGAAACCUCCUCUGUGAUGGUUGACCCUCUGACCCGGGCCAUCAGCUGCUCUCAGCAGGGAGCUCCCGUCCAGUCAGACGCCACCAAGGUGGUGGCCAAGGGCCUGGGCCUGACCAAGGGCUUCAUUGGUCAGAAGAAUAGCUUCAGUGUUGACUGCAGCAAAGCAGGUCGCAACAUGCUCCUUGUUGGCGUGGACGGUCCCAAGGUUCCCUGCGAGGAGAUCCUAGUGAAACAUUUGGGCAACCGCCUGUACAACGUCAGCUACCAGCUCAAAGAGAAGGGAGAGUACAUCCUGGUGGUCAAAUGGGGUGACGAGCACAUCCCUGGCAGCCCAUACCACAUCACUGUCUAAACCCCGCCCCCCCGCCCAGCCCACACCCAGAAACUUAAACCAGUGUUUAAAAAACAAAACAACUGAACGUCCAAAACCAAAAGAAGUUUACAGCUACAUGGCCCUUCCUACAUUACACAUGUGCUAAUUGUUUUACAGCGCAAGUAUUUAAAGGUGGAGAAUAAAAAAAAAAGGUAUUCAAUUUAGAUUCCACUUUAAAAUAAAAAAAAAAAUGAGUCAGAUUUUUGAAAACACAUCAUUUUCACUGGAAACUCGGUCAAAAAAUAGAGAAGAACAGACACUGAUUAUUCCUCACUUUAUGGCCAUUUCACUCCAUUUCUUAUUUCUGUUAAUCCCUCCAUUAUUGUACAGUGAUGGAGGGAUAAGAUGCACCUUUUUCAUUACUGUAAGCUGGCAUUCAGUUGUGCCUUAGGUUAUUUUCCAUUUUCUGCCAUGGACAUGAGCAGAUGUGUCUGAGCUUAGAGUAGGACGAUAGAAUAGCUUAGCAUAGUGUAGCAGCAGUAGAUUUUUUUUUUUAAGCCCAUCAUUGGACGGAAGGUCACAUUUUACACUGGAGGAGCUACUCUUAUACACAAAAAGAAUGGAUUCAAUUAAAUAUGAGCAAAGAGUGCCUGCACCUUCCUGACCUGUGGGUUUAAUCUGUGACACUUUGUUUUUAAUCUGUUACUUAUGAGUCUUCAUAGUGUUGUCGGUGCGCAGUAAACUCCACUCCCAGCACAUUCAUGCCGUUCACGACGUUCUUUAACUAAACCCAGUUGUUUUACCUGCUGCUAGUGUGAUCCACGUUUAGCCACUGCUGUUCUGAAAACAGGGAUUUAGACCUAAGAGUUCAAAUACUUUUUAAAAUGAGGUCAACGGAGAGAAGACACAUUUUCCCAGUAGCUUUUCUUUGCUUGUUUCCCCCGUCACACAUGCUCUGUCAACACUGCCGCUGGGAAACAAUGCUUUCUGUGUGUUUUUAGUGCGCGUGAUGCAAACAUGUGCUCUGCAUGUCACAUAACAGAAGAUAAAAUCAAAGUGGCGUCAACAUGGUCCUUUGGCGUGCUUUACAUUUGACUGUGGAACUUUUAAAUUAAAAUGUUUUAAUAAAAAAAAAAGGGAAGUAUCUUAAAGUUAAAGUUUGUUCAAGGACAGAAGGGCUGAUGAUGUUGUGGUGGGUCAUGAUGCAAAAAGAAAAGAAACGCACACACACAUAAAAAACAAAAAAAACAAAAGAGAACAGAUGUCGCUUUUUCUGCUCAGUGUUUAUCUCACCCCACCACCUCCCCUCUCAUUCUUUCAGCUUGCUAUGUGCAUGAUCUAUAUUUCAGAACAUAAAAAUGGAUCCUAUUGUCCUAAAUAAAAGGCUUUAAAAGUGUUUGUAAGACAGUAUUUUGAUACACAAUAAAGUUGUCUAAGUA